CUCUUUUUUUAAGCUCUUUCCCUUAUCAGCCCUCCUUUGUCAGGUCACUUGUGCAUAUCCCAUUUUUCUCUCUCUUUACAUGGAAUUCAUGGAAGCUCAAGAAGAAUUCAUGGGCUCUAAUGAUCUUUCUCAGAUCGUUAAAAGCAAGCGUACAAAGCGUCUGAGAUCAUCGUCCGCAGUCACCUCUAGCUCGUCCAGUGGUUUUGGUGGUUCCGGCGGAGAAACAGGACUUGUUGGUGAGGAACAUGGUUCAAUUUCCUCUCCAACAAGUUGUAGUGAGAUUUAUGAGAGCACAGAAGAAGAAGAAGACAUGGCUAAUUGUCUGAUUUUAUUAGCUCAAGGUGACGGUCCAAGGAAGCAGCAGCAGCAGGUGAGUGAUGAAAAUAAUGGUAGGAUGGAAAAAGAAAAAUUCAGUGCAAGAAAAUUCUCUGAUCCUUCUGCUACAACAAAUUACAAGCCUGAUUUCUUUGUUUAUGAGUGUAAAACUUGUAAUCGUACCUUCUCUUCCUUCCAAGCAUUAGGUGGUCACAGAGCCAGUCACAAAAAGCCUAAGUCCAUAGUCGAAGAGAAAAAGAUUCUUCUUGUUUCGCCAUUAAUGGACGACCUUGAAGAUUGCCAACUUAACAAAAGUAGCAGUACUUUUAGUUCUGAUCAUCUUCAACCUCAACCUCCUCCUUCUCUUCAGACAUCUAACAAAGGUUGUGGUUUUCUUGGUAAUAAUAAGGCCAAGAUUCAUGAGUGUUCAAUUUGUGGGUCUGAGUUCACUUCUGGUCAAGCUCUUGGAGGUCACAUGAGAAGACACAGAGCUAACACAGCUAAUAAUGUUAAUAGUAAUGAUCAGAUGAAGCCAAGAAAUAUUUUGUCUUUGGAUCUUAACCUUCCGGCGCCAGAGGAAGAGCACCACCACCGUGAAUCCAAGUUCCAAUUUGCAGCAACCACACAACAAGCUCUUGUGUUCUCUUCCCCAGCCUUGGUGGAUUGUCAUUACUGAGGGGGGAAUUGAAAGUUAUUAAGGAUUCAUAGGGGAUAUCAAUGUGAAUUAUUAUUUUUAAUUAGAAUUAUAUGUUCCAAAUUCACUAAUAUUCAUAUGAUUAUCAA